AUGAAUGAUGCAUAGUUAUUCUUUGGUAUUAUGGGUAGCCUGGAUGUGCUUGUUCCUCUUCUUUGUUUGAUGAGCACUGCAUUAGGAAAAACAACAGUUGAUGAUGGAAUGCAUGUGAAGAUAAAGGGUACCAUAGGAGUUAUUACAGACAACAACUCUCGUAACGGUAAAGAGGAGAUGGUUGCUGUUAAGAUGGCUAUGCAAGAUUUCUAUCAUUACAGCAAUCAAAGUUUUGGUUUACAGAUAAGGGACUCACAUGGCGAUCCUCUUCAGGCUGCCCUAUCAGUUAGAGAUCUUAUUGAUACACAGAAAGUGGAAGCAAUUAUAGGACCUGAAACAUGGAAAGAGACAAUUUUAGUGGCUGAUAUUUGUAGCCAAAAUAUGACCCCAGUUUUAUCUCUAGCUGAUGCAACUCCAAACUGGUCAACUUUGAAGUGGCCCUACCUUGUGCAAAUCUCACCUAAUCAGUUUAAGCAGAUGAAAGCAGUAGCAGCUAUUGUACAUUCCUUUGAAUGGUACAACGUUAACAUAAUAUACGAUGAUACUGAUUCUUCAUCCACGAGAAUGUUCUCUCAUCUCUAUAGGGAUCUCAGUGUAUCAGGUGUUCAUAUAAGCAAUGUUUUGGCCAUCCCUCAGUUAAGCUCCUCUUCACUGCCUCAAGAACUAGAGAAGCUUAGGAAUAGCUAUUGUAGAGUUUUUGUUGUUAAUUUGUCAGUUCCUUUGGCCAUAAACCUGUUUCAAACUGCAAAGGAAUUGAAAAUGAUGGAGAAAGGUUAUGUGUGGAUCGUUACUGAUCCUCUUACAAGUCUUGUCCAUUCAUUGAACUCUUCUACUAUAUCAUCAAUGCAAGGGAUAGUUGGAGUAAAGAGCUACUUCCCAGAAAUAGGGCUUCAAUACGAGGACUUUUACUAUAAAUUUAAAAAAAGGUUUAGCUCAGAGAACCCUCAUGAGCUUAACAAUGAGCCUGGGAUAUUUGCAGCACGUGCUUAUGAUGCAGUGUGGACUCUUUCUCUAUCCAUGAUCCAAAUAAAAAACAAAAAGGAUCAAAUGUUACUGGAUAAGAUUCUUCUUAAUAAUUUUACUGGCUUAAGUGGAAAAAUUCAUUUCACUGACCAAAGGUUAGAUCCUUCAGAUACUUUUCAGAUCAUCAAUGUGAUGGGGAAAGAUUAUAAGGAAAUUGGGUUCUGGACAAAUGGACUAGGUUUCUCAAAUACUAUAGGCCAAAAUGCUGCUUUCAAUUCUUCAAUGAAGGAACUUGGACAAGUUUUAUGGCCAGGAAGACCUUGGGGAACUCCAAGAGGAUGGAUUCUAGCAUUGGGUAAACCACUAAGAAUUGGGGUCCCCGUUAUGGACUCAUUGAAACAAUCCGUAACUGUAAUUCAGGACCAAACAGAAAAUACCACCACUUUCCAAGGAUUUACCAUUGAUAUUUUCAGAGCAACAAUGGAGUUGCUUCCCUAUCACUUGCCUUACAAAUUCUAUCCUUUCAAUGGCACAUUUGAUAAUUUGGUGAAGCAAGUUUACUUGAAGAAUUUCGAUGCAGUAAUUGAUGUAAGCAUAAUUUCAUAUCGAUAUCAGUAUGCAGAUUUCACUCAGCCAUACACUGAUCCAGGAGUGCUGAUGGUAGUUCCCCUUAAAUCAAAAAUGGAUCAUAGAGCUUGGUUAUUUAUGAAACCUUUUACGAAGACUAUGUGGGUUCUAAUACUGGCCAUGGUUAUCUACAAUGGCUUCAUUCUUUGGAUGUUGGAAAGACGCCACAGUCCUGAAAUUACAGGUUCCAUGCUGAAUCAAACUGGGACCAUGGCUUGGUUGGGAUUGACCCCUCUAAUCAAGUUAGAUGGAGACAAGCUACAUAGCAAUUUAUCAAAGAUGGUUAUGGUGGUUUGGUUGUUUGUGGCACUUAUCAUAACACAGACUUACACAGCUAACCUUGCCAGCAUGCUAACUGCUGAACGGCUUGAACCAACUGUAGAUAAUAUUGAUCGGCUACGGAAUAGCUACAUCAGGGUUGGAUACAGUUCAGGAUCCUUUGUGAAACAUUAUGUGGAGACAGUGUUGAAGUUCCACCCUGAAAACAUGAGGAACUACGGAGAACUUGAAGAGUUUGCUGAAGCUUUCAGAAGAAAAGAAAUAGGAGUUGCCUUUCUGGAAGCUCCUGCAGCCAAAUUUUUCCUAGCAAAGUACUGUAAAGAGUUUAUUCAAGCCGGGCCUUUGUACAAAGUUGGAGGAGUUGGAUUUGCAUUUCCAAGGGGGUCUCCAUUGAUUCUUCACGUAAACAAAGCACUUCUAGAUUUAGUAGAAACCGGCAAGGUAAGUGAAUUAGAGAACAAAAUGCUUGGAUCAGAGGAAUGUGAAGACACAAAAGUAAAUGGAGAAACUGCAAGUCUUAGCCCGAAUAGCUUCUGGGUCCUCUUCAUAUUGACAGGAGGCACAUCAACAUUUUCUCUCUUGGUUUAUGUUUUCUGUAUGAAUUAUGCAAACAGCGAAGAGAAAACAAUCUGGGGAUUAACCACAAUGAUCAUUCAACAAUGUAACCAUGCAAAGAGAAGAAUGUCAGGAAAAGUAAGUGAUAUUGCAGAAAGCCCUACGACCUCUUCAACCACACAUGUUACACCAACUCAAGUUUAAACAUGUCAAAGGUUGUACUUGCUUGAGGAGUGGAAAGUGUUGUUAUAGAACUGCCAGUUACAUAAAAUUACUAAGUAUAAGUUAUAACGUACUGCUAAUAAUGUAACUGAUGCAAAGCAAAAAUGUUGUUGUAAAUAUCACUGUACAGUUCUUGUA